UUCCUUAACCUAUGGCAAAUUACAUGUUCUAUGCUGUAAUUUCAAGCAUAACGAUUACUACUCUAACUAGCCAUUGUUCUGCUCAAGCAAAGAGUUAUAGCCAUGAACAUCAACAUAAGCUUUUGUUUGUUUUCGGAGACUCACUGUUUGAUCCUGGGAAUAACAUAUACCUUGAUCCUACUCAACAUAUCCCUUCCUAUUACUAUCCUUAUGGAAUGAGCUUGAGAAAUCAUUCAACUGGCAGAUAUUCUGAUGGCCUUGUUGUUCUUGAUUAUAUUGGUAUCUUUUUUUACUACAAUAAUGUUUUCUUAUUUUUUCCCUUGUCAGCAAAUUUGCACAUAAUUCCACCAUUUCUUAAACCAAAUUCAAAUUUUGUUGAUGGAGCCAGUUUUGCUUCAGCUGGGGCAGGUGUUCUUGAAAUUCAUGCUAAUGCGAUGAAUCUCAAAAUGCAAGUAACAAACUUGAUGAGGGUGGUCAAGUCAAUGAAAGAUAAUUUAGGUGGCAAAGCGGCUAAGAACCUUAUAAAAGGAUCAGUUUUCAUGUUUAGCUUGGGAGGAAAUGAUUACUUUAACUUUGCAACUAAUUAUCCUAAUGCUACCCAAGCUGAGAUGAAAGACUUUGUUAGUUUGGUGAUUGGCAAUUUGACAAAAGCUUUGAAGGAUAUAUAUGAAGCAGGAGGAAGGAAAUUUGCAUUUCAGAAUGUGGCACCCAUUGGCUGUCUUCCUAUGGUGAAGCAAACUUUCAACUGUACACCUGACCAGUAUGCACAAGAACCCCUACAUUUGGCAAGACAACACAACCUUGCCUUGUCCAAAGCCUUGAACAAACUUCAAAGAGACCUAAAAGAUUUUAAAUAUUCAAUUUUUGAUUAUUUCACUGAGAUUGGCAAUAUGAUAGAUAACCCUUCUAAAUAUGGGUUCAAGGUCGGUAGAGUUGCAUGUUGUGGCAGUGGAGCAUAUAGAGCAUCUAAUUGUGGAACUGAACCUUAUGAGCUAUGCAGAAACCCAAACGAAUAUGUGUUUUUUGAUGGUGGCCAUACCACUCAACAUGCAAAUUUCAGAUUAUCAGAAUUAAUGUGGAGUGGAUCAACAAAUGCCACCUGGCCUUAUAAUGUGCAGCAAUUAUUUGAACUUCCAUGAUUUGACUAAUUUAUGUUGUGAGCCAUCAAAUAAUUUCUCUUAAUAAACCAAGGGCAUCAAGCUAGCUCUUGCACUUAAUAAUCUUGUACCAUGCCUAGCUUCAGCCUCAAUAAAAUAUUAGCCCCUAAUAAA